AGAAAGUAUGAAUAUUGCAAGUGCAAAUAUAUAUGUGAUAUCUACACCGACUCCAUAUUAUAACACCGAAGAUGGUCUGCCAACGUAUUCUGAAGCUCUGGAAGCUUCCACGUCUUUUGUAAGGAAUUCAACUUCAAAGCGAAAAUCAAAGUCAGAUGUAUUCUCAAGACUUCUCCUCUUCUUCUCUGCAAUAUUUAUUGUCAGUGUGUUUGCCGCCAUUCCUUGGUUUUUAUGGUUAAGUAGCUGAACAAGAAUUGUUUUUUUUUUUAAUAAAUUGUUUUAAU